AUGAAUACAAGGAGUGAGAAUUUAGAUAAUGCAAAGUCCUUGUUUUAGGAGCAUUUGCCUCGAUUUUUUGCUGAAAAUAUUUUAUACUUAGAAAUGGAAGUAGAAUGCAAUAAUGUCACAAUAGAAGUUGUAAAUUAAUUGUUAGAAUUAUAUCGAAUUGGAGUAGAAUAUUUCGAAUCCAUAAAAAGCAAUAAAUUUUUGGUUUUCAAAAAUAAAACUUAAUAAUUGUUAAUGAGAGGAAAUGUCAAUCAAUGCAUGAAUGUCGCAUAUGAAGAGUUAAAACAUGAAACAGCCUUAAAGAAAUCUAGGCUUGUUCAAAGUCAUGACAUUCUCCCUCCUACAUCUCCAAAAGUCAUUAUUCCUUAAAAAUCUUAAAAACAAUAAGAAUUAGAAAAUCAAUUCAAAUACAUAUAAGAAUAGGAUUAAAAGUUGUAAGUAAAUCAGCUUUUAGAAUUUCAUGGCUAUGAAUAAUAGAGGGUUACAAGAAUGCACAACAAAGCUCUAUAGGAAUAGGAGGAUUAAGUGUAAAUGAGAUUGCAAAGACAAAGAUAACAAUCGGUUAGACUCAAAGGAUAAAAUGAAUGA